AUGGGCCUCAUCACCGGAGCAAUCAAGCUCAUCGUCGGUAUUGUAGCCAUCGUGGUCUUCAUCGCCCUCAUCAGCGGCGCUUUUUUCGUCUAUCGCCACCGCAUGAAGAGCAACCAGGUGGACGAGAUCGAAUACGGAGGCCUUCCGCCCACCCUAACCCACGCCCCGCAGCCGGGGAUCCAGAAGCCGCAGCCCAUGCAUGGGGCUGUGCCUGCGGGAGAUCCCUACGGGCAAUAUUUCCAAAAUGGGAAGCCAUAA